CUGCCCGAACCAGCCGACAGGUCUGGUGUGUAAACAAGGUCAGACACUGCAGCACGCAGACCAAACACUUUCCUCACCGGGCGGCUGCUCGCUUUUAACGCAAGAGAAGAAGAAGAAGAAGAAGACAACUUGUUUAACCCAACCUGUGAGGACAAAGGACUCUAUUACACACCUGCCAAGAUGAUGCAGUGUUUUCACUUCAUGGUGGAGCCGGCCAAAACCUUAACGGCCAAGAUAAAGGAAUCACACAAGAGAGCAAAGAAGGAGAAGAGGGAGCCUCUGGAUGAAGAUCAGCUGUUUGUUGUGGACAUGGCUAGGGAUCUCAGCCGAGUGUGCCAGAGGUCAGCAGUCCUGGAGCACAUCUGGAACCUGGAUGAUACCUGGCCUACCUCCCUCUGCAAGGCCUUUAUCCUACAAUGGGCCUCCAUGUUAGAGAGCAAGAAGAGGCCCAUGCAGACGGAUGGCUGGCCCGAGGUGGAUGAGGUCAAACACCCUGAUAUGAUUAACGAGCAGGACCUGAUGGAGGCCAAAACUGUGAUCCUCAACUGGAUCAAGGACCUGAGAGCUCAGCCUGAGCAAAGUGUGUGGCCUGGGGAACCCGUGGCAAAGGUUCUGGAUGACCUGCAGUCAGCCUGGCGUUGGGGCCGCGCGCCCAAUCUGGUGACUGCUAUGGAGCUGGUGAUGUGGACUUUAAUGGUGCAGCGCCCAGAUAAGGACACCAUACCCCAGCAGUGGCUCAUGUGGAAGCAAAAGACUCAGAAGAUUGGUGCCAUAUCCUACAUUCCUCAACCAGUGUGGGAAUGGAUCUCAGAUGCUGCAGUGGAGGUGACUCUGGAUCAGGACACGGCCAACCCUGAUCUGCUCAUCACUGACGAGAAGAAGAUGCGCUGUGGCUUUGAGAGAAAGGAUGUUCCCAACUACCACCAACGCUUUGAUGGCUGGUGGUGCGCUGUUGGGGUGGAGGGCUUUGAGUCUGGCCGCCACUACUGGGAGGUGGAGGUGGGUGAACGGGACUGGCGGCUGGGCGUGGCCAGGGAGGCGGCCCUGAGGAAAGGCUUCAAGUCCCUGAACACGGAUACGGGUUACCUGACCUUGAGGCUGGAGAGGGGCACUGAGCUGAAGGCACUGACGGUCCCCUUCACCGCCCUGCCGCCGGGCCUCAUCCCCCGCAAGGUGGGCAUCUACCUUGACUACGACCACGGCCAGCUGUCCUUCUAUGACGUGGACAAACACUUGCACAUUUACACCUACAACGAGAGCUUCACUGAGAAGCUGUUCCCCUUGUUUGGUACAGUGGAGAUCAUCAAGGAUCUGGUGAUUAAGUCUCCCGCAGCUAAAACCCAAUGUCUGUGCCCCUCACCCUGCAUCUGGGGUUGAGUCUCCUUCUGGUAAAUAUUCCUUUAAAUUCCAGCAGAUAUCCUAAUAAAGUCUAACAAAUCAGGUUAUAUAAUAAUCACUGGGAGGAAUCCGAGAUCCUGAUAUAACAGACCAUCAUUGUGCUAUUAAAUAGCUCCACUAUGUGACCACGCUCUAUACUGCUGCUGCUGCUGCUGCUUUAAUGUGAUCGUUGCAACCACUUCCUCACUAUAUAUCUAUAGUGCUGCUGUUUGCUUACAUACAUGAUGUAUUUUCAUAUAUUUGAAAGGAAACAUAUUGUAUUAAUGUAAUGUACUGUGCAAUAUUAACCCUGCAGUAAGAAUGCGUUCAUGUGAAUAAUAAAUAAACCAAAUCCAUGUCUUA